AUGAACAAUGUUUCAAUGUUAAAUGGAACAAACUUUAAGGACUGGAAAGAGAACAUAUUGAUUGCUAAGUCUUAUGAUCAUGAAGCGUGGGAUUCCAGAAGUUUUUCGGGUGCAAUAACAGAGGAUGUUACCGUUGCCGGUGAAUUUCUUUCAGAAAUUCAAAAGCGUUUUGCUAAAAAUGAUAAGGCUGAAACAAGCACACUUUUAGCAAGCUUGAUUUCAAUAAAGUAUAAAGGCAAGGGUAAUGUUCGCGAGUAUAUCAUGGAAAUGUCUCAUCUUGCUUCAAAACUUAAGGCACUAAAGCUCGACCUAUCUGAUGAUUUGCUCGUGCAUUUAGUUCUCAUCUCUCUUCCUCACAAAUUAACCAAUUUAAGGUCAGUUAUAACUGCAGAAGGAGAAAUGGACUCUCAAUGA